GAGGUUGCCUCCAAGCCAGGGAGGCCCUGAGGAGCGCACACCUCCUUUGACAGCCUUGUGUUUCACAGAAGCAGGGCUGAAGGUGGCUGCAAGCCCGGCUCUCUCCCCUCUGUUCCUCCUCUCCAUCCAGCCGAGUCCCUUCCAACCGGCAGGAUCCAACACAAAGCCACCGGAUCCGGCCCCUUUGGAAGCGGGGACAGGCGCUGUCACCAACUCGGCCGGUUCAUUUUGCCCUCCGAAACCAGAUUUUUUGGCCACAGCUGGAGUUGUCGUCGCCAUGCAUUCGCUUUUCAAGAGGAGAAACAAAGGGAAAUACAGCCCGACCGUCCAGAAGAAGAGCAUUUCCAACAAGGAGCUCUCCGAACUCAUCGAGAAGCUACAGAAAAAUGCCGACCAGGUGGAGAAGAACAUUGUGGAGGCAGACACCAAGAUGCAGAACGACCUACACAAGCUCAAGGCGGGCCAGCCCGCGGAAUACAGGGACUACACCGCCGAUAAGCUGAUUGACUCCGAUAAGCUUCUCUACGUCCUGGAUGGAGAUGCAGCCAUCGCCCGCCACAUGAAACACCCUCAGGGGGACAUGAUCACAGAAGACAUCCGGCAACUGAAAGAGAGAGUCGGGAACUUGCGCGUGAAACACGACCAGAUCUACAACUUCACCCCGCAGGAAAUUGAGCCUCAGGUCAACUGGUCCAACGUGAUUGAUGAGAAGCAGGAAAUCUUGAACGGCAAGGGCUUCGGUACCGACCUGCCCUCGGUCAACAGUCAGGUGGAGGAACACAACAUCUUCCACAACGAGGUGAUGGCCAUUGGCCCCCACAUCAGCAAGGAAGGCGACAAGGAAUAUAUGAGUGGGCUGCAGGUGAAAUAUCAGAAACUGCUGUCAGGCUCCCAACAGAGACAGAAAAUCUCUACGAUUCUUGCUGAUGUGAAACUGCUUGUGAUGAUUGCCCAAACUCACUCCUGUCAAUCAUAUUCAGGAUCGGCAAAGGACCGGAUGCAGUACGACUGGAGCGAUCGGAACCUGGACUAUCCCAGCCGGCACCGUCAGUACGAGAAUUUCAUCAAUCGGAAACUAGAAGAGAAAGAAGCAGCCGUCAACAAACUCCAUGAAGACGGCAACAGGAUGCUGUCUGAAAAUCAUCCCGGGAAGAUCCCCAUUGAGGCUCACAUUGAAGCGGUCCAUGCAGACUGGAAGGAAUAUCUCAACCUGCUGAUCUGCGAGGAGAGCCACCUCAAAUUCAUGGAAGACUAUCACCAGUUCCACAAAGAUGCCAAGGAUGCUCAGGACCUUCUCAGAAAAGUAGACACAGAGCUGGAUCAGAAGUAUAGCCCUGAUUUCAAGGACCGGUACCAAAUUGAAUCUUUGCUGCGGGAACUGGAGGACCAGGAGAAAGCCUUGGACAAGUACGACGACGUGGUGACGUCCCUUCAGAAGCGCAGCCAGCAGGUCCUCCCUCUGAAGUACCGCCGGGAGACACCUCUCAAGCCCAUUCCGGUGGAAGCUCUCUGUGACUAUGAAAGCGAACAGUGCCAGCUGAAUCGCGGGGCCACGUACACACUGCACAAGAACAACAGUGACAUGUGGGAGCUAACGGACAGCGCCGGAAACGUGUUCCACGCCCCCGGCGUGUGCUUCAUGAUCCCCCCUACCGAUCCUGAAUCCCUGUCUCUGGCUGACAACAUCGCUGGCCAGUGUCAGAGCGUCAGGCAGAAGACCGCCGGCACGAAGACCCUGCUGCAGCAACGACACAACGGUCUGCAAGCGGAUUGCGUUGGAGAUGCCACGUCCGUACAAGGGCGCCAACUGCUGGCAGGUCUGGAGAAAGUGAACGGCGAGCUGGACCGGCAGGAGAAGGCCAUCACAGCGAAGCUGCGCCCACCGCUCGAGCAAAGCCGGGCGGUCCAAGACAGUGCGGAGAGGGCCAGGGACCUGAAGAACAUCACCAACGAGAUCCGUCGCAUUGAGCCCGAGAAAGCCGCCAGGAAAUAUCUGGAUUGCUUCACAUUGACCCUCGGGAGGCACACUUUUGAGUUUCCGUCUGCUUUUUGCAGAGUCGACGUCGCCGGUCGCCUGGAGAGGACCCUCCAACAAGGGAGAGAGUUGCUUUCCGGCUAUGAGAACAAGCUGGCCCUCGAGGACACUCUCCCGGAGGAUGUCCGGGCCCUGGAGCGCAAGAGAGAAGAACUUGUGGCUUUGGGUUCUGAGCUGCAAAGCCACCGCCGUUUGUUGAGCGAAGCGGAGCAGGAGCUGAAGAAGGCGAAGAAGUGUUCCAGCUCCCUCGCCAGCCAGUUCCAGGAGCACUGCCCGGACAUUGAGCGCCAGGAAGCCGAGCUGCACAAACUCAACCAGCGGUUUGCCAACCUCGCCAAGCAAAUCGAUCACAGAUCACAGGUGCUACAGAAAGCCAAAUCAGCUUAUUCCAACUACCGCAGCGGCUACGACGGUUUGAGCCAUUUCCUUUCCAACGUGCCCAAUUACGAGCCGCAAGAAACGGACACCAUCCGUCAAGUGGAAACCAAGUUAAAGAAUCAAAGGGCCCUUCUGGGAGAAAUUGCACGGAAGGACCCCGAUCUCCAGAAAGUCUCAGCUGAGGCUCAGCAGUACCAGCAGGCAGUGAAGGACUAUGAACUCGAAGCAGAGAAACUCAGAUCCAUCCUUGACCUGGAAAACGGGCGCAAUGGCUUCAUGAACAAAAGACCCCGACUCCAGUCUCCAGCCACUAAAGUAAAAGAAGAGGAAGCUCUCCUGGCUGCAAAGUUUACAGAAGUGAACGCCGUGAAUAAACAGAGGCUGCAGAACCUGGAGUUUGCCCAGAAUCUCCUGCGACAACAGCCCGAGGUCCAGGUGGUGCAGCAGUCCCUUCAGACCAGCCAGUCCGAGAGGCCGCUGGACGAAAUCUGGAAGCUGAGGAAGGAGCUGGACGAUGAGAGUCAGCGCCGGCAGCAGCUGGAGGAAGAGAUCAAGGUCAUCCAAGAGGACAUUCUCCUCCUCCAGAACCAGAAGCCGCCGGAGACGCUGGUCAAGAAGGAGGUGGUGAAGAAAAUGCCAGACCCGCAGCUGGAGGACAGCUUCCACAAACUGCAGCAGAACCUGGCGGAGGAGCAGCGCAAGAACCACAGCCUGCAGGAGGAGCUGGAGGCCCUGAAGCUCAAGUUGCGGGCCCUGGAGCGCGAGAGGAGAGAAGGCGGGCAGGAGUACGUGGUCAAGGAGGUCCUUCGCAUCGAGCCGGAUAAAGCUCAGGAGGAGGAGAUCCUGAAGCUGAAGGGAGAACUUGAGGAGCUCAAGAGGCAGGAAGGCGCCCGGGAGAACGAGAUGGCCCUCCUGCGGCGCCAGAUCGCGGCUCUUUCCGACCAGAAGAUCCGGGAGCAGGAGAAAGUGACCGAAAAGGAAGUGGUGAAGCUCCAGAACGACCCCGAGCUGGAGACGGAGUAUCAGCGGCUCCAGGAGGACAAGCAGAGGGAGAGCGCCUUGAGGCAGCGGCACGAGGAGGAGCUGAGCCACUUGCAAGCCAAACUGAAGCGGCUGGAGAAAGAGCGGGCCAUGGCGGAGGGCAAGAUCACGGUGAAGGAGGUGCUGAAAGUGGAGAAGGACGUGGCGGCGGAGAGGGAGGUGAGUGAGCUGCGGCGGCAGUACGAAGCGGAGAAGGCCCGGAGCCGCUCGAUCGAGAGGGAACGAGCCGAGCUGCUCAGGAAGAUCCAGGCUCUGGAGGAGGAGAACGGCAGAGUGAUCGUCCAGGAGAAAGUCCGGGAGAUUGUUCGCCCGGAUCCCCAGGCUGAGAACGAAGUGGCUAACCUUCGCCUGGAGCUGAUGGAGCAAGAGAGAAGAUACCGGGGUGGAGAGGAGCAGCUGAAGAGCUGCCAGGACGAGCUGUCCGACCUGAGGAACAGAGGACCCCAGGUGGAGGUACAGGAGGUCAUCAAGGAAGUGAUUAAGUAUAAGAAUGACCCGGAGACGGAGAUGGAGUUGCAGCGCCUUCGGGACGAGAUUGUGGACCGGACCCGAGCCAUCGAGAGAGCGGAUCUGGAAAUCUACCGCCUGAAGCAAGAGAUCCAAGUGCUGAAAGAUGCCAAGCCUCAGGUCCAGAUGAAGGAGGUUGUUCAGGAGGUGCUGCAGUACCGGGAAGAUCCCCAGACGAGGAAAGAAGUGGAGUCCCUGAGGGCUCAGCUGGCUGAGGAGCAGAAGAAGCACAUGGAUUUGGAGCGGGAGAGGACGUUGCAGGAGGAGAGGAUCAGGCAGAAGGAAGAAGAGCUGUCUCAGGUGAAGGAGAAGGUGGUGCAGCAGGAAGUGGUGAAGCUGGAACAAGAUCCCGCCUUGAAAGCGGAGAUCACCUCUUUCUCCCAGAGCCUGGAGAACGAGCUGCAGCAGAUUGACGCGCUUCGGAACGAGAUGCGCAAGCUGCAGCGGAGGAGGUCGGAGCUGGAGCGCCAGCUGGAAGAGCUGGAGAAAGAGAGGCAGGCCCGCCGGGAGGCGGAGCUGGAGGUGCAGAGGCUGAAGAUCAGGCUGGGCGAGCUGGAGCAGCAGGAGAAGGAGACGACGGAGAGGGUCACCGUGAAGCAGAAGGUCAUCCUCCAGCAGGACCCGCAGCAGGAGAAAGAGCACGCCCUGCUGAAGCUGGAGCUGGAGGAGGAGAAGCAUCGCCGGCAAGUCCUGCAGGCGGAGUUGGACGCCCUGAGGAAGAAGCUGCAAGGGCUGGAGAAGAUGGAGGUCAAGGAGAAAGUGGUCUUCUCGGAGAGCGUCCAGGUGGAAAAAGGAGACACGGAACAUGAGAUCCAGAAGCUGAAGAGCAACAUGGAAGAGGAAAGCCGCCGCAAGAUGGAACUGGACGCCGACAUCAACAGGCUAGAAGCCAAGUUGUCAGAGCUGGAGUUCAGCAACUCAAAGUCUUCUAAGGAGCUGGACUUUUUGAGAGAGGAGAACCACAAGCUUCAUCUCGAAAAGCAGAACCUCCUGCUGGAGAUGAGGCAGUUGCAGUCGGAGAUUGAGCUCACCAUGACGGAAGCCCGGGAUUUAAGGAACAUGUCGCAGCCGGACACCGGGGUGAAUCUGGACUCCCGGUUCCAGGCUUUGGAAAGAGAGCUGGAAGAUCUGAAGAGGAUGUCUCGAGAGAAAGACAACGAGAUCGAACAGCUCCAGAAUCGCCUCCAGACGGUGGCCAUCAAGAGAGAGCAGAGAGAAAACCACCUGAGGCGCUCCAUCGUGGUCAUUGACCCGGACACCGGAAAGGAGAUGUCUCCCGAAGAAGCCCACCGGUUUGGGCUCAUCGAGUGGAGCUUGUACGUCAAGUUGAAAAGCCAAGAAUGCGACUGGGAAGAGAUCACCAUGAAAGGACCUGGUGGCGAGUCCUCGGUCAUCCUCGACAGGAAGUCCGGGAGGAAGUUCUCUAUUGAAGACGCCUUGAAGAGCGGAAGGUUAACCCAGUCUCAGUACGAGAGUUACCUCAACAAGGAGAUGUCUAUCCAGGAGUUGGCCGUCUUGGUGUCUGGACAAAAAUAGUUGCUCCAUCCUCAAGAGAGGAUUUAAAAACAGGGUGAUUCUUGAGCAGCUAGUUUAGACAAUACCUCUCAUUCCAAACUCAAAACUUCAACCUAUUCCUUUCGGGGGGGAGUGACGUGUCAAGAAUCGAGUGCCUGCUGUCAACACUAGGGUGCUCUUAAGCUGCCCUUGGUUGCUUUUAUCCAGAAUAAGGAAAUAUUGUCAAAGUCACUCCCACAUUCUGAUACGGUUGCGAGUUACCCUUGGUCCUCCUCCAACAGCGAAUUCCUUGUACACACAAGGGAGAAGGUGGGGAGGAGGAAAUUCCGCCUUUCCUUAGUGUAGUUUCUGAAUCCAGGUCUUCCAGUUGGGCACCUCUUCCCCCAACGCGACAGCCUUUCCCAAAACAGCCAUGAAGCUGGCCACACAAACAAGUUGGAAGCUAAUGAUGGCCCCUUCAAAAAUCUCCUUAUUAGUGUGUUACAGCUAGAGUAGGACGAGUUAGCUUACCUGAUAAGGUAUUUGUGUGUGCAACUCUUUGAGCACUCUAAAGCACUAAGUGCCACCAGUAUUGUGCACUGAGUAAUCUGUUCUCCUGGAUGGUAUUUAAAGACGACCACUGGAAAAAAUCGGAUGCUCGGUUAAAUCAGCAAAGAGGUCCCAAUCACCAACCGUUGAUCACGUCUACAAGCAGAUGCUGUUGCUCCUUUCCCUCCUGCCGUUUUAAGCUAUUCACGCAGACGGCACUGUCAGAGCUUCGGCAAAAGAUGGCAUUUAAGGCCAGCGUAACUCUUUGUAAUAUAACCAUCCUCUGCGUGACAAACUGGCAGCUGAUGAGGCUGGAUUGUUAAGAUGAUCGGAGUGCCUUUAACUAUCUUGCCCAAAAGCUGUCAGCAUUUCUGAUGGCGCAUUAUGCCUAUGCUUCUGUGUUUUAAAAGUACUUACUUCCUAUUUCAAGCCAUAUUUAGGUCAUCUCUAUUCCUUAAAAUAGGAAGUUAGCAGGUGACGCCACUAUAACCCGAUGGCCAAGUUGCCUUCUUUCCCACGCUAUAAAGAUAUUCAUGCUGGUGUCGUGCUUUGCUGUCUUUUGAUGGUAUCCAAAUAUUUGCUGCCGAAGGGAUUGGGAGAUCUUAUUUAUAACACCAAAUAAUAAUAAUAAUAAAGGUAGUGACCUAAA